GGCGGCGGUUCACGUAGCCCUCCCAAGAUGGCCGCCGCUCCGGACCGAGCUGCGGCGGCGGCGGCGAGGCUGAGGGCAGCAAACGGCCGCUGAGGAGGGCGGCAGGGAGCCGGCAGCGCCCGCCGCGCAGCGGAGCGGGGGAGUCUUUCCCGGGCUGCUGCGGGCACCAUGCAGCGGGGCUAGAGCCGGGGGAGUCCGCAGCGGGGCAAUAAUGUUAGCAGAGAUCUCAACAGGCAUGUGGGAGAACACAGUGAGGGCUAUGACACUUGUCAUGAAGGACGAGCCUUUGGAAUCAGAAAUGAAGCUGACCAGUCUUUCCAUAUGGGGAUGGGGAAGCCUUGGUGUUGUGCUCUUUCUAGUAACUUUUGGACCCUUUGCUAUAUUUUACUUUGCGUUUUAUAUCCUCUGCUUUGUGGGUGGGGGUUUUGUGGUUACUCUCUUAUUUGGAAAAACAAAUUCAGAAAAGUACCUUGAACAGUGUGAACACUCAUUUCUUCCUCCUACGUCUGUUGGGGUUUUUAAGUGUACAGAAGAAAUGAAAUGUGAAGCCAGGCCUAUUAAGAUUGACAGAAGAUUGACAGGUGCCAAUAUAAUUGAUGAACCUUUGCAACAAGUAAUCCAGUUUUCACUGAGGGACUAUGUCCAAUACUGGUAUUAUACACUAAGUGAUGAUGAAUCCUUUCUUCUUGAAAUCAGGCAGGCUCUUCAAAAUGCACUCAUUCAGUUUUCUACUAGGUCAAAAGAAAUGGACUGGCAGCCUUAUUUCACCACACGACUUGUUGAUGAUUUUGCCACUCAUCUUCGAGUAUUCAGAAAAGCUCAACAAAGGAUAACAGAAAAAGAUGAUCAAAUGAAAGGUACAGCAGAAGACCUUGUAGAUACAUUCUUUAAAGUUGAAGUUGAAAUGGAGAAGGAAGUCUGUCGUGAUCUGGUCUGCACUUCUUCCAAAGAUGAAGAAGGAUUCCUAAGGGACCUGUGCGAGGUGUUACUGUAUUUAUUGCUACCUCCUGGAGACUUCCAGAACAAGAUCAUGCGAUACUUUGUCAGGGAAAUCCUCGCCCGAGGAAUUCUUCUUCCAUUAAUAAACCAGCUCAGUGAUCCUGAUUAUAUUAAUCAGUAUGUCAUAUGGAUGAUUCGUGAUUCCAAUUGUAACUAUGAGGCCUUCAUGAAUGUCAUUAAAUUAAGUGACAAUGUAGGGGAGCUGGAAGCGGUAAGAGAUAAGGCUGGAGAAGAACUGCAAUAUCUUCGAUCCUUAGAUACAGCAGGAGAUGAUAUCAAUACGAUAAAAAAUCAAAUAAACAGCUUAUUGUAUGUUGUUAAAGUAUGUGAUUCAAGAAUACAGAGGUUGCAGUCAGGAAAAGAAAUAGAUACUGUGAAACUGGCAGCAAACUUUGGAAAACUUUGCACAGUCCCUCUGGACAACAUUCUGGUAGACAAUGUUGCACUACAAUUUUUUAUGGAUUACAUGCAGCAGACUGGAGGCCAAGCACAUCUCUUCUUCUGGAUGACAGUGGAAGGGUACAGGGUUACAGCACAGCAACAGCUGGAGGUGUUACUAAGCCGGCAGAGAGAUGGAAAACAUCAGACUAAUCAAACCAAAGGCCUAUUAAGAGCCGCUGCAGUUGGAAUUUAUGAGCAGUACUUAUCAGAGAAGGCAUCUCCAAGAGUUAAUAUUGAUGACUCCUUGGUAGCAAAACUGGCAGAAACAUUGAACCAUGAGGAACCAACACCUGAAAUCUUCGAUGACAUUCAGAGAAAGGUGUAUGAAUUGAUGCUGCGGGAUGAAAGAUUUUACCCUUCAUUCAAACAAAAUGUACUGUAUGUGCGCAUGUUAGCUGAACUGGAUAUGCUGAAGGACCCUAGUUUCAGAGGAUCAGAUGAUGGGGAAGGAGAAUCUUUUAAUGGGUCUCCUACAAGCAGCAUAAAUUUGUCCUUAGAUGAUCUUUCAAACGUCUCUUCUGAAGAGUCAGCACAACUACAUGCAUAUAUUUCAGAUACUGGAGUAUGCAACGACCAUGGCAAGACAUAUGCACUGUAUGCGAUCACUGUACAUCGGAGAAAUCCAACUAGUGAAGAGAUAUGGAAAACGUAUCGUCGCUACAGUGACUUCCAUGAUUUCCACAUGAGGAUAACUGAACAGUUUGAAAACCUAGCAAGUCUGUUGAAGCUUCCUGGUAAAAAGACAUUUAACAACAUGGACAGAGAAUUUUUAGAGAAGAGGAAAAAAGAUUUAAAUGCAUAUUUGCAGUUGUUGUUAAAUCCUGAAAUGAUUAAAGCUUCCCCAGCUUUAGCCCAUUGUGUGUAUGACUUUUUGGAGAAUAAAGCUUACAGCAAAGGAAAAGGAGAUUUUGCUCGAAAGAUGGACACAUUUGUAAAUCCACUGCGUAACUCCAUGAGAAAUGUUUCAAAUGCAGUCAAGUCCCUGCCUGACAGCCUGGCAGAGGGGAUGACCAAAAUGUCAGACAACAUGGGCAAAAUGUCAGAAAGAUUGGGACAAGACAUAAAGCAAUCAUUUUUCAAGGUGCCUCCUUUAAUGCAGAAAACUGAUUCAGAUCCUGAACACUGCCGUGUUGCAGCACAGCUUGAUGACAAUGUGGAUGACAAUAUUCCUCUUAGAGUAAUGCUGCUCCUUAUGGAUGAAGUCUUUGAUUUAAAGGAGAGAAAUCAGUGGUUAAGAAGAAAUAUAAAAAAUCUACUUCAACAGCUUAUUAGAGCAACAUAUGGAGACACGAUCAAUAGAAAAAUAGUUGAUCAUGUUGACUCGAUGACUUCUCCUGACCAAGUAGCAGAUGCAGUGAAACGCUUCAGAGAUGCCUUUUGGCCCAAUGGCAUUUUAGCAGAAACUGUUCCACGCAGAGACAAAGAUAUUAGAAUGCGAACGAGAGUGGCAGGGAAAACUAAACUCCUGGAGAUAAUGCCAGAUGAACUGAAGCACAUCAUAGGUGCUGAGACAACACGGAAAGGCAUUCUUCGCGUCUUUGAAAUGUUUCAGCAUACUCAACUAAAUAAGAGAAUGGUAUAUGUCUUUCUGGAGGGCUUCCUGGAAACCUUAUUUCCACAAUAUAAAUUCCAUGAGCUCUUCAGCAAACUGCAUUCACGGUCAGAGCAGAUGCAGAGAUACAAGCAGAGACUACAAUCUACUCAAGCGCCUUCCUUACAGAAAAGGUGACACUCCAAACUAUUAAGCUCCUGUUUGUUUGUCCAGGACUAGUGUCAUGGCCAUAUUCUCUGGGGCUUAAAACUCACUUGCUGUUGUUUCUGCACCAGUCUUUUAAUGUCACAUAUUAGAUUAUUAAUAUAUCCAUAAGACCUGUGGAUCUACUCAUCCUCACUUAUAUUGCAACCACUACCACAAGGGGAUUUGUGUCUCAAAUGAUUUGGUGCAUCUUCAUGCAACAUUGAGAAGAAUAUUGGCCAGUUAUGUAAGGAAUGUCAGUUUCUUCCAUUCCUGACUGAAUCGGUGUUUGCAAGCAAUGAAAAGUGCCAGACUAUAUUUGCUGAGGGCUAAGCAAAGCACAACUACAGUGACCAUGAGGGAUUUGACUAGUUUACCACUGGGAGAUUGUGCAAUGUGUGAGAAUCAGGUGGGGUUUGUUUUGCAUUAUGAUUGUGGGUCUUGAUCAACAUUCGUGUAAAGGUUGAGCUUUGGAAUAGAAGUCUUUGGAACAGCUGGUUUCUGGGAAAAAAAAAAAAAGUUACAGUAUGUCCCCAAGAGUACACUCACUAAGUAGAGGUUGAGAUAACAUGGCUUUUACACCUCAGUUAACUUCACCUUCGUUUAUUUUGAAAAAAUAAACUAACAUAUCUUGGUUGGUUUUGUUUUUCAGUGGUGCAAGGAAGAGGUGUAGUAGAAAAUAGACCCUUUAUUCUGAUGAAUUUGUAGCUUUAAGGGCCCUCUUCUGUUCUUAUGGCACAUGGCAUACAGAUUGCAUGCAAUUUAAAUGGAAAAGGGGCAUACAAAUUUUAUUGAAAUUGUGCAAUUGGUAUUAUUAUUGAAGCAUAUCUCAAGUAGGUUGGCAGUGACAGGGGAUGGGAUACAUGCUCCAAGAAAGAUAGACACCAAACUAAAAGAGUAGAUAUUUGCAAGUUACACACAACUUUUCCCCGUAAAACUAAGAAUUGUUUUUAAAAGCCCACUGUACUGUACUUCAUUUAAAAUA